UGAACCUCAGCAUUGGCUGCCGUGCAUUGACGAUUGCUCUGCUUCCCCCACCUCCCAAUGGCCGCGUAGCCUACUCCAACUCGCACCCCCACCCGUCCAGAUGCUGCAACCUCGGGCAGCCCUGGCCCGCGCCGUCGGCCAGUCGCGCACCUGUCUGUUCAACUCUGUCCGCACCUACGCCUCUGCUGCUGCCACGGCCAAUCCUCCCCCCACCACCGAAGCCAUCAAGCCCCAGGUCAAUGCCUACGAUGCCUCGUCGCAACCCCAAGGUCGCUCCCGGAAGACCGCCAAGCUCGUCCUGAAGACGUACAAGCCCCAGACGCCCGGUCUGCGUCACUUGCGCCGCCCCGUCAACGACCAUCUGUGGAAGGGAAAGCCGUACAAGCCUCUCACCUUCGCCAAGACCGGCCAGGGAAAGGGUGGUCGUAAUUCCACCGGUCAGGUCACGGUCAGGCAUCGCGGAGGUGGACACAAGCGCAGGAUACGGAUGGUCGACUUCAAGAGGCAAGAGGCCGGCAGGCAUCGCGUGGAGCGCAUCGAGUACGACCCGAACCGUAGCGCACAUCUUGCCCUGCUCAUCCACGAGAAGACUGGGAAGAAGAGCUACAUCAUCGCUCCGGAGGGCAUGAGAGCCGGCGAGACCAUCGAGAGCUUUCUUCCUGGCAUUCCCAAGGAGCUUCUCGCCUCUAUGGGUGGCACUAUCGAUCCCGGUAUGCUUGCGGCUAAGACUGCUUUCCGUGGCAACUGUUUGCCCUUGCACAUGGUGCCGCUGGGUACGCAGGUCUUCAACGUCGGGUCGACAGCCGGCAAGGGCGCCGUCUUCUGCCGCAGCGCCGGCACUUACGCCGUCGUCAUGUCCAAGGGCGACCCCGGCCAGAAAGUCAGGGAUGUUACAGUGAGGCUUCAGAGCGGUGAGCUUAGGCGAUGCGACAAGAACGCCUGCGCGACCAUUGGCGUUGCCAGCAACCCGUUCCACCACUUCAGACAGAUCGGAAAGGCCGGUCGUUCGCGAUGGCUUGGCAAGAGGCCUUCGGUGCGUGGUGUGGCCAUGAACGCGGCGGAUCACCCUCACGGUGGUGGUAGAGGUAAAUCGAAGGGUAACGUGCACCCUGUCAGUCCUUGGGGCACGCCGGCCAAGGGUGGUUACAAGACUCGCAAGAAGAGGAACCCGAACAAGUGGCUGGUGCAGGACCGCGAGAGGAACCAGGGCAAGAGGAGAACCAAGAACAAAUAAGGAACGCGCUCUGGCGUCACUCCUCUUCCACGCAUUUCGAAUUGUACAAUUGGACUGUAUACUUUUUACGUCAACUUCGGCCGUCAAUACAGAGAGUUGUUGCUGCCGCUUCCGGCACAAGAGCAGACGUUUGCCCAAUGCAGGC